CGCGCAUGCGCGCUGGGGAGCGGCCGCCGCCGGGGGCUGACAGGAGUCGUCGCCGCCGCCGCCGCCGCCAUCAUGGUGCUGGAUCUGGAUCUGUUCCGUGCCGACAAGGGCGGUGACCCCGCCAUGGUGCGGGACAUGCAGCGCAAACGCUUCAAGGACCCGGCGCUGGUGGACGCGCUGGUGCGGGCCGACGGCGCCUGGCGGAGGUGCAGGUUUCGUGCCGAUAACUUGAACAAGCUGAAGAACCUUUGCAGCAAAACCAUCGGAGACAAGAUGAAGAAAAAAGAGCCAGUGGGGACGGACGAGUCCGUACCGGAGAGCGUGCAGAACCUCGACGAGCUCACAGCUGACGUCCUGGGGGCUUUGCAGGUAUCCCAGAUCAAGAAAGUCCGUCUCCUCAUCGACGAAGCUAUCCUCAAGUGCGACGCCGAGCGCGUGAGGCUGGAGGCAGAACGUUUUGAGAGCCUGCGGGAGAUCGGGAACCUCCUCCACCCCUCGGUGCCCAUCAGCAACGACGAGGACGUGGACAACAAGGUGGAGCGGGUCUGGGGCGACUGCAGCUGCAGGAAGAAGUAUUCCCACGUGGACCUGGUGGUGAUGGUGGACGGUUACGAGGGAGAGAAGGGGGCGGUCGUCGCGGGCAGCCGGGGCUACUUCCUUAAGGGUCCUCUGGUGUUCCUGGAGCAGGCCCUGAUCCAGUACGCCCUGCAGAGCCUCCGCGCCAAGGGCUACACUCCUGUCUACACCCCCUUCUUCAUGCGGAAGGAGGUGAUGCAGGAGGUGGCCCAGCUCAGCCAGUUCGACGAGGAGCUCUACAAGGUGAUCGGCAAAGGCAGCGAGAGGGCCGACGACAGCUCCAUCGACGAGAAGUACCUGAUCGCCACCUCAGAGCAGCCCAUCGCAGCCCUGCACCGGGAUGAGUGGCUGAAGCCAGAGGAUCUGCCCAUCAAGUACGCGGGGCUGUCGACCUGCUUCCGUCAGGAGGUGGGCUCCCACGGCCGCGACACCCGCGGCAUCUUCCGCGUCCACCAGUUCGAGAAGAUCGAGCAGUUUGUCUACGCCUCACCCCACGACAACAAGUCGUGGGAGAUGUUUGAGGAGAUGAUAGCCACGGCGGAGGAUUUCUACCAGUCCCUGGGCAUCCCCUACCACAUCGUCAACAUUGUCUCGGGUAGGGGCAGGGGCUUCCUCACUGCGUGGCACCGGGGCCACCUCUCUGUGCCGUGGUGGCCCGGGAGGAGACCAGCCACCUCUGCCAGCACCUCAAGUGUCACCGUGGCCCUGACCCACUUCCCAGCUCGGCUUUCUUUGUCCCUGCCUCGCUUUCCCGUGGUGUCUGUCCCCAGACCUGGCGAGGGGGAGGAGGUGUCUCAGCCCCAGGGCGUGGAGGAAGGAGACGUUUGCUUUUCUGCAGAGAUCCUCUGCUUUGCUCUGGGUCCACCGGGAGUGGGUGUGGGCACUGCACCAGGCCAGGACUGUCCCCACUGUCCCUUCCAGAGGGACAGUUUGAGUGUCCCGACUCCUCCUGAAAACUCUACCAGGAAAAUUAUCCCGUUUAAACACCCCUUCCCAGCCUCCCUGCUGCAGCGCAGGAGCCCCACGUCACUUCCAAAGUCGCCUCGGAAGUUUCACCCCUUUAGCCCAUGCUGCCCUGUGACGAGCACAUUCACC